AUGCCGAGACCGUUGCAUCUUCUCCUCCUCCGCUCCUUCCAAACCUUACACCCACCGUCUGCACUACUCCCAAACCCUCGUAUACCACAAGCUGCGAGGUUGUCUCCAAAGACAUUCGGAGAUGUAUCAGGUAAGGUGUCAGCUUGA